GGGUCUGGCUGUUUAAAGAGAGGAGGAGCUCCAGAGGAAGGUGAACAGAGUGUUCACGGACAUUGGAUCUGAGUUCACACGUUGUUUACAGCAUUAAACACCAAGUAUCGCUGCUACAACAACACCGACAUGUCACUUUAGUUUUGUGAGGUUUUCGGGUUUUUCUCACCUGACGGACUCCAGGAUUAAACCCAUCGACCACAGUCCUGAUCAGCAGCAGAAUGGACGCUGGAUAAACUCAUCAUGUAUCUCAGAAUUUUCCUGUCGCUGCUGCUGUUUUCGUGUCACCGAGGGGUCACUUCAGGCUCUGGGAUCCUCAGAAAGCAGGCUGCUGUCCGGUCAGCUGGACUGUCCUCAAACCAAACACUCACCACGAUGAUGCCUAAGAGCAGCAGCGAUGAGUGCGAUCGUGUGAUGAACCACAGUGCAGCAGAUCGCUGUGCGUUUGUGAAGAACACACCGGACUGCACGAUGGAAGACGGAUUCAUCAACUACCUUUACACGGUCUUCUGUCUGCUGCCUCCCAACCUCACACCUCUUGCCAUCACUCUCUGUAUUAUAUGGCUGCUCUUUCUGUUUGUAAUUCUUGGACUCACUGCAUCUAAAUUUUUUUGUCCCAAUCUGUCGGCCAUCUCUUCCACUCUGCACCUCAGGCACAACGUGGCUGGCGUAACGUUUCUUGCUCUCGGUAAUGGAGCUCCUGACAUCUUCAGCGCCAUGGCAGCAUUCUCCCACCCACACACUGCUGGGCUGGCGGUCGGGGCUUUAUUUGGAGCUGGUAUAUUUGUCACUACGGUAGUUGCGGGCAACGUGGCACUGGUCAAACCAUUCACUGUGGCUUCCCGCCCAUUUCUACGGGACGUUAUCUUCUAUAUGUCUGCAGUGUUUUGGACUUUCCUCAUGUUGUACAGAGGAACCGUGACGCUUGGAGAAACACUGGGGUACCUGAGCCUCUAUGUGGUGUAUGUCCUGACUGUAAUCAUCAGUACCUUCAUCUAUAACCGACAAAAAUACUCAGUGAACACGAGCGUCCAGAAUGUCACACAUAUUCCAGAAGAGUUUCAUUCGUCUGACUCAUCCGAUGAUGACGUUCCCCGUAUGAACGGUGAGAUCAACCAGCAGGACUAUGACCCAGAGUACAGGCCACUACUGCCUUAUUCGGAGUCCACCAGUCAGAUCCUGCUGAGCUCUCUGAAUCCAGUGGACCACAGAAAGUGGAGGAGGAAAUCCUGGCAAUGGAAAGCUCUUAAAGUAGUCAAGACACCUCUAGAGGUGCUGCUGCUGCUGUGUAUCCCUGUGGUCGACCCUGACAAAGAAGACAGAAACUGGAGACGCCCACUGAACUGCCUCCAUCUGAUCACUGCUCCUUUAGUGUGUGUGCUCGCCUUCCAGUCUGGAGCAUAUGGAGAAUAUAUGAUCCAAGGGCAGUUUCCUCUUUGGCUGCUGGUUCUCCUGCUGGGCCUUUUCCUGUCUGCUAUUAUCUUCUGCACAACCACAAACGACCAUCCUCCUAAAUAUCAUCCACUCUUUGCUCUGUUAGGCUUCGUGGUGAGCGCCGUGUUGAUCAGUGCAGCAGCCUCUGAGGUGGUCAGUCUCCUGCACAUGCUCGGUGUGGUGCUGAGUCUUAGCAACACGGUGCUGGGGUUGACUCUGUUGGCCUGGGGCAACAGCGUAGGAGACUGUUUUUCUGACAUCACCAUCGCCCGGCAGGGAUACCCACGGAUGGCGAUAUCUGCCUGCUUUGGAGGCAUCAUUUUCAACAUGCUGCUUGGAGUCGGUUUGGGAUGUCUGUUGCAGAUGGUUAAAACACAUUCUGACAUGCAGUUUGAAUCAGAGGGCUUGCUGACGUGGGUUCUUGCAGGAUCUCUGGGUUUGUCUUUGGUCCUGUCCUUUGUCAUUGUUCCACUGUGCCAGUUCCACUUGGGUCGAACCUAUGGGAUCUUUCUCCUCACCUUCUAUGCCAUCUUUCUAGUCAUUGCCCUUCUCACUGAGUUCGGCAAGAUCCACACCUGACACUGUGGCCAGUCUGAAAAGUGAUGUCACCCCAAAACACUGGAACAGGAGCUGCAAAGAGUGCAGACAAAUGGCAUCUUCCUCUACACAUAACAUUAAUGCACUAUUUAUGAACAACAGUACGUUUUGUUGCACUCGCCUUCUACCCACAGCCAGACAGUGGUUUGUUAGUACACCAGUAAAAUAUUGACAAACUAAGACUCUUCUGCUCAGGAAGGGCUGAAACUAAUCACACCGUGCCUUUAUUCAGCUUCUUCUUUGUGUUCACUGAAGCUGUGAUUGCACUUUGUGAGGCAAGAGCGACAACACAGGUUGUAAAAAUUUGUAAUUUAAAAUGCUGUAAAUUACCCAAAUGUACUGUAAAUCAAAAUGUUGAUGACCUUGUACAAAGCUGCUUUUGGGGAAAUUAAAUGAUUUUUUGUUUUUCAA